CUUUAAGAAAAUAAAAGGUGCAUUUGUCUAAAAUUUGAACUGUUUCAGCCUUGAGUGGCUGGGUUUGCCAGGACUGGGGAAUUUUCCAGAAGAAGGGAACUUCGGCGCUAAAAUCAGGAAGAUUCCUGAGUCCAGUCAGUGGUGUCCGUGGUGUGCUCGGAAUGGUGUGUUUCCAUUCUAGUCCUCACCCUGAAGGCGGCCCGUUCCUGUAACUGGGAGCUCGAACUUCAAAAACACACAGCAUCUGCUAAGUGAGGAUGUAUUCAAAAAGCAGUUUGGCAACCAGCGCCGGGUCACCAAGCCCUACUACCGGAGAAAGACCUACGUGUGCUACCAGCUGAAGCUGCUCCGUGGCCCCAAGAUUGCCAAAGGCUACUUUCGAAACAAGGUGCCAAGCAGGUUCUCCCGGCACAGGGCAGGUGGGGGCUAACCCUGCCCAACGCUAGGGGAAAAGACUGAGGCUCAGCGGGGUCUGAGUCAGCCCAGCUGCCAUCCGGGCCUCGGCACGACAGUCCCCCCAGCAGAGUGCUCCUGCCCGUUUGAGAAGUUGGUGCUCACUGUCCGCCAGACCCCAGCUCAGUGGCUGCUUUGGGGAAGCCGAGUGCGCUCCCCAGCCUGAGCACUAACUCCAGCCGCAGACCUCCAUCACAUUUCUGCUUCGCGCCUGUCUCCCACUCUGCCCCGUCCCUCCUCCCUCCCGCUCUGCCCCGCUCCUUGGGACCCCCAGGUCCAAACAUCUCCAGACAACCUCCUGGGCAAGUGCCCAAAGGCGAGGUCUGCAGAGCAUUCGGGACUGUGCCGUGGGGCAUCUGCGUGCCGACCCAUCUCCUCUGCGUACCGGACUCUGGUCUGAUUCGGACCCAGCUGCAGGUGCUUUGAGGGUGUUGAAUUAACGGAUGAGGAAGUGAGUGAAGGAGUGAAUGACGAAGGAAGGAAGGAGGUUCUUUCUCUGUCCUAGGCAAGUUCACAUACUCCAAGUCCACAGCAGAGCCCCUCAUCCCCAACUCCGCCCUCAGUACAUGACCUCUGGCCUCUGCCCUCUAACCUUCUUUCUCUCUGUCUGGGACCCUCCCCAGAAAAAGCGCCAUGCAGAGAUUCGCUUUAUUGACAAGAUCAACUCACUGGGCCUAGACCAAGACCAGAGCUACGAAAUCACCUGCUAUGUCACGUGGAGCCCCUGCGCCACCUGUGCCUGCAAGCUGAUUAAGUUCACCAGAAAAUUCCCCAACCUGAGCCUGCGGAUCUUCGUCUCCCGCCUCUACUACCACUGGUUCAGGCAGAAUCAGCAGGGGCUGCGACAGCUGUGGGCAUCCAGCAUCCCCGUGGUUGUCAUGGGUUACCAAGAGUUUGCUGACUGCUGGGAAAACUUUGCAGACAACAGGGGAAACCCUUUCCAGAGCUGGGAGAAGCUUACAGAAUACAGUAAAGGCAUAAAGCGACGGCUCCAGAAGAUCCUGGAGCCCUUGAAGCUGAAUGGUUUAGAGGACGCCAUGGGAAAUCUGAAACUUGGGUCGGUUGACCUCGGGUAACAGAAACCGUGGAUAGCGAAACUGCGAUAAGGGGCAAAUACUGUUUAUAUUUUUAUAAUUGAAAAAAUAAA